AUGAACAUAAAGCUUUCGGGCACCUCUAGCACCAAGGCGGAUGGGACAAGCAACCAACCUCUCGCCCGACAACGGACGAGCUGGAAAGAGGACCUUCACCUCGUCGGGGGUCACGCGUACCUCGAACUCGUCGUCGUCGGGCUCCUCCUGUUGGAGGCCUGCGAGCUCCUCCUGAUCUUGAAAGGUCUCUUGAAAGGCGACCGGGGGGGGGGGCGGAGCGUGAAGGGAACGCGCCGGAGUCGCCUGCAGCACGGCACCAACGAUCAGCGCGGGAAGCGCAGCCGCGCGCAUGACGGAAGAUGA